AGAAUGUUGUGUUUCAAAAACUUAAAGGUGCUUCAUUGUCACUAUAAACCUUGAUUUAUUAUUAUCUUCCAAUUUGGUUUGAUUUUGCGUUACCUCCUGCUAAAAGUGUCAGAACCUGCUAAUGUUGUUUGCUGUAGCUACUAUAGUAUAUCACAAGAAUGUGAUCUACAUAGCAGAUAGCUGAUCACACCUGUUUGCUUGAACAGAUAUGUUGUGAAUAACGGCACACGAACACUUUGAGGCAGUUUGUCUCAAUCCAGGCGUUUUGUGAGCUGCCUCGUCAGCCUCCAUAACGUUGACUACAUUUUAUUUGAUUUUUAACUCUCUUUGUGAAACAUUGUGAGACUGAGACAAUAUUGGCCAAUUAUUCUUAACAUGUGUUUCGGUUUUGUUGCCAGUUUCACUGCAGCCUGCUAUAAAAAGUUAUCUGACAAUUCUUGACAGGAAGAGCCAUGCUGAAAGGCUCUGAUGGUUGUUUUAAUUUGAGCUGAUAAAUUUAGCUACAGCUGAACUUGAGUUUAAAGAGGAAGUUAUUUAAGUUGUUUUCGUCGACUCCACCUUCAUUUUGUGAGCAGAGCCUCGGAGGAGAAGAGCUGAACUAACUUGGAUCUGGAAGACAAAAUGAAUACAUCCACCUGCACUAAACCCAAUAAGAAAUUAUUUGAACAUACAAUCCUGCCUGCUCUCUACAUCUUGGUGUUUGUUGUUGGAUUGGUCCUGAAUGUAUGGGGAAUGAAGUCUCUGUUGCAUAACUGGAAGAAACUUCGGAGUAUUAACAUUCUUGUUCUCAACCUUGGACUAGCAGACAUUUUGUAUCUGCUCACUCUCCCCUUUCUCAUCGUUUACUACUUUAAAGGAAACAAAUGGAUCUUUGGAGAUGGAUUCUGCAAGGUAACAAGAUUCUGCUACAACCUGAAUUUAUACGGCAGCAUCGGGUUCCUCACCUGUAUAAGUGUGUACCGGUACCUGGCUGUUGUCCAUCCAAUGAGAGUGAUGGGGAAAUUAACUACGACUCACUCUGUGGUCAUCUCGGUAAUUAUUUGGAUUCUGGUGAGUGUUCAGAGUCUUCCAGACAUGUUCUAUCCAAAAACAUAUCCAAACGGCUCAAAGUGCUUUGACACCACCUCUGAUGAACAUAUUGAGAGUUACCUGGAUUACACCAUCGCAUGGACAUUCAUUGGAUUCUGCAUCCCUUUUGUCACCAUUGUAGGUUGCUAUGGACAUGUGACUGUUGUUAUCUGCCGUUCAAAUAUGAUGAAAAAAGACCAGAAACGACAAAUCUUAAAACUGAUGGCUAUAGUGAUUCUUCUGUUCUCGCUUUGUUAUGCGCCCUACCACAUUUUCAAGAACCUCAGCCUGUAUUCCAGAGUUCUGCGUAAGCAGAGGACCUGCCCCAAAUGGGAUUCUGCAGUCUUUAUUGCCCGCCAGGUAACCCGCGGUCUUGUGAGCCUGCACAAUGCUCUUAACCCGCUGGUUUACCUGUGUCUAUAUGAGGAAAUGGUUUCUCAAUUCAGGCAGCUGCUGAGGGGGGGGCACCAGAUUUUGAGUCGUCGUUUCAAGUCAAAAUCCAGCUCCGUGCCGGUAUCACAGGCUGAGCAAGAAGCUGGAAGUGAUUUAUGACAGCAAGUAGUGUUUUGUCAUGAGUUAAAUUGUAACGAUUAAUGUGAUGUCAAAAUGGUGUAAUCCAGUGCAAUGUGUAAUCUCUUUUUAACCUAUUUAUUGUCAAAAGUAUAAAGUUUUUGAAAACGUGUUUGACUCACUAUAGUUCAGAGAAUAGAAUACUUUUCGACCAAAAUGAUCACUGCAGUUCUUUCAACCUUCCACACUAUUUCUUCCUACUGAAGUGUAUUUUUGUUUUUGUAUGAACACUGCAUGCUUCCUGUUUUAUAAAGUUCAUGGUAAAUUUUUCCAGGAAACCAUGUUGGUUAGUUUAAAGACAUGCUUAAUAAUAAUAUCAAGCAUGUCUUUAGUGAAUCAUACUGCGCAGACUAUGCUGAACGUCAUAGAAAUUUAAAUUGAAGUCUAAAUAAGAUGUAAAAAAAAUUCCUUAUAUUAUAAAAGAAUGCAUUGGCUGGUUUUAUGUUGUUUUGUCAUAAACAUUACAUAACAUAUGGACUAUUUUUUUUUGUCUGGAAUAUAUUUGUUUUAUUACAUCUACUACAAUUGCAUGUAUAACAACAAUACUCACAUUUUAAUUUUUCUUUUUAACAUAUUUUACCCUUAUAUUUUUAAUAUCACCAUUGUAUUGAAGAAAAAAGUUGUUAAGCAUGGUGGUGGUAGCAUCAUACUGAGGUUAUUUUUGCCGCUGGUAAAUUGGACCCUUUCAGAAUUAGAGGAAAUCCAUAACAAAUUCAAGUAUUUGUAGUUAAAAAAAAAGAAAGUUUUACUGUCCAUAAUCAGUCCAACAUAAAAAGGCUUCAAAUUAACCUUUGAUUGACUAUGUUUAUAAAUAUGACUACAUGUGAAUACCUGAUCUUUGUGCUAUUUUAUUUAUAUUUGAAAUAAAAAUGUGAACAAACUUUCA